AUGUUGGAAUCCAACAAGUCCGUGCGUGAGAGCAAUGCCACCAAAAGUGGCAACUGUGGAUCCGUAUCAGUUGUUUUCCCCAUUACUAUGAUGGUAACGGGAAUGGUGGGCAAUUCUCUCGCUCUUAUGCUGGUAUAUAGCUCGUACAGAAAAAAAGAAAAUAACAGGAAAAAGUCUUUCCUACUCUGCAUAGGGUCGCUAGCAUUGACUGAUCUGUUUGGACAGCUUCUCACCAGCCCGAUAGUUAUAUCGGUUUACAGAGCCGAUUUGAAAUGGGACCGCAUAGACUCAUCGGGGAGUCUGUGUGCUUUCUUUGGAGUCUGUAUGACAACUUUUGGCUUGUGUUCUCUAUUCUUUGCCAGCGCAAUGGCAAUUGAGAGGGCAUUGGCGAUUACAAGUCCUCAUUGGUACUCCAAUCACAUGAAGACACGUGUGACAAAGCAAAUUCUGGCAGUUAUAUGGUGUCUUGUUCUGUUUUUCUCGCUGUUGCCGGUCGCAGGAGUUGGGCACUAUACGCUGCAAUGGCCAGGCACUUGGUGCUUCAUAAGCACUGGAGACAGAGAAGUCCCGGGCAACAUGUUUUUCUCCAUCACUUUCGCUGUUCUUGGGAUAUUCUCACUUCUUGUGACUUUCUCCUGCAACGUCGUCACAAUUCGUGGAUUACUUUUUCGUUGCAAAACGAAAUCGGGCACAUCUCACUCAUCCAAGCAGUGGGAACGAUUAACCACGGAGACAGUCAUUCAACUAUUGGGAAUCAUGUGUGUACUGCUUAUAUGCUGGGCUCCUUUACUGGUGCUGAUGUUAAGAAUGAUCUCGACACAGACGUCUUCACAUCACUGCAAACCGGCAGAAGUGUCUUUCACUCCUAGUCAAGACAUCCAGGUGGACUGUAACUUCUUUCUCACCGCCAUUCGCCUGGCCUCUCUGAACCAGAUCCUGGACCCUUGGGUUUACCUGCUUCUAAGGGAGAUUAUACUGCGCAAGUUCUGCCAGGUGGCCAAUGCUGUGUCCAACUGCUCCAUAGAUGGACAAAAGGAGACUCAGGCGGCCCUGAAUGCUCUCAACAAGCAGCCUUCUGACACUAACGGUCUGUAGAAACAGUAAAUGGACCCGAUCAAACUUAAGGAUAAAAUGACCUGAUUACAAAAAAAAAUGUCGAUCACCCACAGUCCAAAAACAGUUAUUGUGCAAUAAUGUUGUGCCACUAAUAACAUAAAUUACUUUGUUAGUGUGUUAAUGGACCUGGCAAUGCUCUCCAUGUGCACACAUUUUUGUUUGGUUGCAUAUAUUCUCGUGAGGCUCAGAAAACCAGCAUGUAAAAAAACGUGAUCUCUGCAACCUUCACUUUGGACUGUUAAAGCCAAUGACUUCCAUGGGGAUUUUUUACAUGGUUGCUCAAUGACAUUACAGCCCUACCAAACACAAACAGACAUUCUCAAUCAGAAGAUACCAUUUUGUUUUUCAACCAACAAGUUAAAACAAUGUCAGUGAAUUAUUGGAGUGCUCGUAAGGGGAUGUGAUGCAGCCUUUUGACAGUUGACAACUGUUAGUGGAAUAUAGUUUUUGACUUUCUGGAAUCACAUUUGCAUUUCAUGUAACAAAGUUGACGUUAAAUGUAAUGAUGGCUGGAAUGUGUGACAUGUUUAAUUCAAAUCAUUCUUCACUUUGUCAUCUGUAAUAGACUAGAUUUGUAACCACAUUUUAAAAAAGGGGAACAUCUGAAGUGCAAGGCAAGUGUACUCGAAACUGGAAUAGAUUGCGCAGUAUUAUAUAUGCUAAUUUAAGAAGAUUG